AUGGAACCGGGAAUGGCCGAGUUCUUUCGGCAAUUCGCCUCUCAGAUGGCACUGGGGUUAGUGCAUACGUCCCAGAGGUCCGUUGGGUACGAGGACGGCAAGAACAUGAGGAAUUUCCUUGACCUUGUGGAGUUAGAUUUCAUUGAACGAGGGCUGGAAGAGCGGCAGUGGGGAGAAGAACUCAAAAGAUAUCUGACGGGCGACGCCUUGGGUUACUGGUUGUAUCUGUGUCGCACGGGAGUACCCCUGACUGAUUGGGAGCAACUGAGACAGCGAUUCUGUGCGCAAUUCUGUAACAUGACAAAGGAACGGAUGAAAGUCAUGAUAGCGGAGAAUGUAUGGCGGGGUGAUCACCACGCAUACUCUGCGCGUUUUGCGACUAUCGUGGCCCAAGGGGUAUCCAUAGCACCAGACCUGUUGGUGGGUUACUAUUUGGCCAACCUGCCGGUAGAAAUAUACCGAGAGAUAACUCAAGGGGGAACAAGGAAAUUCGCGGACUGGCAGGAAGCAGCCGCAGCACUGGCUACCACGGCGGCACCGUGGAGGGAUUCAUGA